UUGGCCGUUUUAUGGCCCAUGGCCAGAUCAGCAACGACGACUCCUUUCCCCGUCGUAUAUGCUCCGACUUCUCUGUUGCGCUGCUUCUGCUCACCGAAGAGGGAAGUCUCUACUCCGACACCACAGGCAGCCAUGGCCAUAGCCGCCACCAUUUCUCUUCCACUUACUUCUCCAUCUCGACGCUCUCUCGCCUCAAUUUCUUCUCUCCGAUCGUCUGUUGCUUCCACGCUUCAACUGGAUUCCUUUUCGAAGUAUUCGGCGCGGAGAAGAAGCCCUAGGCUCUCUGUAUCCGCGUCUUCCGCGUCUUCCGCUGGCCUUGAAGUUACAGAGAAAGCGCUUUCGUCUUCUUUUCUUGACCGGAGAGAGAGUGGCCUCCUUCACUUUGUUAAAUACCAUGGUCUUGGCAAUGACUUCAUCCUGGUCGAUAAUAGGGACUCAUCAGAGCCUAGGAUCACCCCGGGGCAAGCUGCGAAAUUAUGUGAUCGAAACUUUGGGAUCGGUGCUGAUGGAGUUAUCUUUGCUCUGCCGGGCGUUAAUGGUACGGAUUAUACCAUGAGGAUAUUCAAUUCCGACGGGAGUGAACCGGAG